GAGAUUGUGUGGUCGGAGCAGAGGAAGCUGGGAAAGGAUCAAGGAAACCUCUAGCAUUGUAGAUAAACACCGUAAAGAGGUGUGAAGCCAGCGGGCAGUCAGCUGUCACAGCACCAAAAGAACAGUGAAAGAGUUCGAUUGAGUUCUCCAUACAGCGAGGGUCAGCAUGUCUGAGACAUACGACUUCCUGUUUAAGUUCCUGGUGAUUGGCAGUGCUGGGACGGGGAAAUCCUGUCUCCUCCACCAGUUCAUUGAGAACAAAUUUAAACAGGACUCCAACCACACCAUCGGAGUGGAGUUUGGUUCCAGGGUGGUCAACGUCGGAGGAAAGACGGUCAAACUGCAGAUCUGGGAUACUGCUGGACAGGAGCGAUUUCGCUCUGUUACACGCAGCUACUACAGAGGAGCAGCUGGAGCACUUCUUGUCUAUGAUAUUACCAGUCGAGAGACAUACAAUGCCCUGACUAACUGGCUGACAGAUGCACGGACACUGGCGAGUCCCAACAUUGUUAUUAUCCUGUGUGGCAACAAGAAAGACCUGGAUGCAGACAGGGAGGUGACCUUCCUGGAAGCUUCACGCUUUGCUCAAGAAAACGAGCUGAUGUUUCUAGAGACAAGUGCUCUGACAGGUGAAAAUGUGGAGGAGGGUUUCUUGAAGUGCGCUCGCACCAUCCUCAACAAGAUAGAUUCAGGCGAGCUGGACCCAGAGAGGAUGGGUUCGGGUAUUCAGUAUGGAGAUGCAUCGUUGAGGCAGCUGCGACAGCCAAGAGGCACCACAACACAGAAUAAGCAGCAGUGCAAUUGCUAGGGGUCGGGCCGCACCCAUACCCCAACCCACAGGCCCACACAGACAGAAUGCCCCCCUACAGCUCCAGGUGUUUUUUGGUGUGUGACUGCCACCCUCCUCCGCAGUCUCACACACCUUGGAUCACCUUGGGUCGUGGAGAUCCCUGCAACCCCUGACCCCCUGACCUCUGGCAAGAGUCUCUUACUUGAGGGGGUCAGUUGUACCCUUGCGUUUGGACAACAUAACUCCUCAGUGUGAGCACAGUGGAAUAAUAAAGAAGAGACAUCCUCCUCCGUGGUCUCUCAGUCACUUACCAGACAAGGACAAGUCAAGGGUUGUGCGUGUGGGCUGUCCUACUGUUGGUUUUUUUUUUGGUUUUCGUUUGUUUUCUCUGUGCUUUUUCAUUCUGGUUUUUAGCAACCCCCAAAAUGCUUUCAGUGUUUGCAUAUCAUAGUAAAUUGUAUUGUUAAACUUUUUUGUGCGUUCAACCUAUCCCAGUAUGCCUCAUGAUUAGUUUAGUCUUUCAAGUUUUAGCAUUUGUGAAGACACCCCUUACCAUUUGCUUUUUGUUUUUUGUUUUUUUGUCAUGCACCGUUAACUGUACUUUCCAUAAAUUCAGUCUAUGGUAAAUAAAUUAUAAACUUGACAGAUUUUGGGUUAGAAUUGUUAUCUCAAAUUUACAUCAGGUGUGAUGUAAAUCCCUACAAAAGUUUGUACUGUUAUUUUCUCAUAAUACAUUUUAUUAUUUAAAGUGAAUGUUGAAGCUGCUGAUCAGUGGAUUUAGGUGUACCUCAGUUUUAAAAACAGGCCCAAGUGUAUAGUGUUUGAGUGUUACAGUGAAAAUAUUUGGGUUGCAAUAAAAUGCACUGUUAUGAUCUAGAGUGUUGGCCUUAGUAGUAGGCCUGAUAUUGUGGAUUUAUACUAUAUUAUUCCCAACAGUGAUAUGUUUAAACUGUCAUGGGGAAUGAGCCUAUCACUCCAUUCUACACCCAUAUAGACAAGCCUGUGGGUCAGGUUGAAAGCACAAAGAAGAGAAAUUUUGCCCUUUAUUUAAACCAAAUGUCCACAAGUCUGUAAAUUAAGCUUUAUCAGAUUCACACCAUGUUUAAAUUGACGUGUCUGGUCCAGUUAUAGUGAAAGGUUAGCAUAAUGUUUUUUUGACUCCUCCUGCUGGGCUUUUCUCCAUGACAUGCCUUGCUAUACAUGCACAUGCUGUGUAAGGGACGUCACAGGAAACCACAGCUGGCUUUUGCCUCAGUGUUGUCUUUGGAAACAUUUGGUGUUGCCCAACCAGUCCCAUCAUUGAGGUUUGACUUUUUUUUUUUAUAUAUCUUGCCAGGUUGUAAGUGCACUUUUGACAGGAUUUUGUUUUUAACCUUCCAAAUAGUCGCUUCUCUUUUAAGUGCUAGAUAGCAGAAGGAAAAACACAGUUUAUUAAACCAUGUACAGAUCACAAUGAAGAUGAUCUGGCAUUGAUUCUGUUAAGUGGAGCUCUGUUAGAGGGAUGGCUAUUUCCUCAUUCUGUGUCUUAACAUGGUCAAUCUUCCAUAUGUGCUCAUUUUUGAGCUAUAGCACACAAUUGGCAUCAUUUUUAUAAUCCUAAAACUUCGUGCUCUAUGGAUAUGGGCACCCUGGAAGAGGCCACCCCUAUCAGGAUAGAAAUGUUUUAGCAUAAGAUGAAGGUGACUCAGACCAGCUUUGUAUUGACUGUCAGUGACCCCGACCCUCUAAAAGGAAAAGUGGACCUAGUCCAUGCCAGCAAAGCGGCCCUCACGGUAUAACUGAGACACUGUAUCCGCUUACUGUAUAGGUCAAGUUUCAAGUUUUUCCUUUUAAUGUCUCCCUCUCUAGCUCUGCUGCAAAAUGUCAGUUUUGUUGCAGAUCUGAACUGACCCAGAUGUUUUCUCUUUAGAACAGACUCCGUAUUACCCUAGAGAGAAAGAGGGGAAUUUCCACAGAAACACAGUUUCCUCUCUGCUUCUAACACUGACAACAUGGUUUGCGGUGCUGCAGGAGGAAAAUGAGGUUGCAAGUUAAUAACUUAGAAAAUCCAAAGCCCCUGCUCAACUGUUUAAUCAAAGGCACCGCUUCUGUCUGAAUCACUGAGAGCAGGUCAUACUAACCAAGCCAAGAGGAGAUCAAAAACAAACUGCGCGUAAACUUAUUUCUCAUGCCUCUGUGUUAGCAUACGUCCUCCCACAGACAAACCAUAUGUGUUUAAGCUCAGCUGAGCCAGCACACUGAAGGGGGCAAACAUGGUGAGUUGUGCAAACAUGCGAUAAUAUAGGACAUCAAGAGACAGAUGGUCAAAGCAUGUCGCUUUCAUAAAAUAUUUGCCCACGUGAUCGUUUGUCUCCUUCUGCAAGUGCACUUUUACUUUUGAAUCCAUGUUUGUUUUGUUAAUAUGCUGUAACUAUAGAACUGUACAUUUUAUUUUACUUGAACUGUAUAAUGUAAUAAAUAUUUUAAUUUUAGAUGUUAGUCUUUUUUUUUCUUUUUUACUAAAUAACAACUGAGAUUCUUCAUUUGAUUUCCUUGUUUCUGCUGUCAUCAGGCAAAAACAAAGCUGUAAUAGUGCAAUCUCAUGCUGCGUGAGAUUUGAUUGGUUCAUUGCUCCCUGCUGAUGUGGAGGUAAUGAUGGAAGGGUGUGAACUUUGUGAGCUGCAGGUGGCCGUCAGCAGCAAUUCUGAUCACUCACAGGCUGUCAUCGAUGCCUAGUUAUCAAGUCAACUGUUGAAUCAGAGUUAGCUCACAUUCAUCUGUAUGUAUUUGCUGUACAGUUCAUAAAAAUCAGUCAGAAUAGCCAUGAGUAUUUUCUCACUUGUUCCAUUAUAGCCUGUCAUGUGACGAAUGCAGUCCAACUCAGUUGUUGCUUAGUAAUGUUAUAUAAUCAGCCUAAAUACUACUGUACAUCUCAAGUAACCUAUCCUGUAAAUAAGAUUUGUCUAUUGUCUAUUGAGGGUGAGUGUUGCUCAUUGAUUGUAAUGAUUAUGCAAUUCCCAGUAAACUGCUUGUUUUUCCAUUUAA